UGCACAAAUCUACUACAGUAGCCUAUGGUGGGGCCGGCCCACGUACGUUGUGUCCCGAGUGAAAGUUCCCGAUAACAGAAACAAAACCAGUCGGAAAAAACUGGUGGUACCAAUGGACUGUGCAGGUUGAAGGUGUUUUGGUACUGGAGACUAAAACGCAUCCACACGUAGUUGAAAGAACGGAGAGGAGACACGAAACGCAGAAUGACGGAUGAGGGAGUGCUUCACCAAUGUUUGAGAUGAUGAACAUGCCAGCAGACACUGAUCCAGGCACCGACGACAACAUGGCUGACCGAAACAACCACCCCGCUGCCAAUGAGGAUUCCCCCACGAAAGCGCUGGUCUGCCGCCAUCCCACGCCACCUCCUGUCACCCUCUUCACCAAAGUCUUGGUGGUCUUUGCGGCCAUCGGGGGGUUCCUCUUUGGGUACGACACGGGCGUGGUGUCGGGUGCCAUGAUCCUGCUGAGGCAAGAGUUCAAUCUCAGCACAGUUUGGCAAGAACUUGUGGUAAGUGUUACCAUUGCCGCAGCAGCUGUGGCCUCCUUCCUCGGUGGCAAACUAAAUGAUGUCUUCGGCAGGAAACCAGUGAUUCUCCUUGGUAGCACAGUCUUCACAGCGGGUGCCGUUAUCAUGAGCAUUUCCCAAAGCAAAGAAGUCCUUCUUAUUGGCCGGAUUGUCGUCGGUCUGGGAGUCGGUCUGGCCUCAAUGACUGUACCCAUGUACAUUGCUGAAGCUGCCCCAACUCAUUUGAGGGGUCGUCUUGUCACUAUCAACAAUCUCUUCAUAACCUUCGGCCAGUUUGUGGCAUCUGUCAUUGACGGGUUUCUGUCGUAUCAUUCCUGGGGCUGGAGGUUGAUGCUAGGUUUAGGAGGAGUGCCCUCAGCCAUUCAGUUGGUGGGUUUCAUCUUCCUACCGGAGAGCCCUCGUUGGUCAAUCCUCCACGACAAGCCACAGGAGGCCAAGACGGUCCUGGCGUGGAUCCACGGGAAGGACAGCCCAGAGGUGGGAAGAGAGCUGGAGAGCAUUAGCAGGAGCGUCCUGGAGCAACAGGAGGAGCAACGGGCGAUGAAAGGAAGGAAAUGGGUGAUCUUGAGGAUUUUGCAAACGCCACCAGUCCUGAAGGCUGUCAUCGUGGGUUGUAGUCUACAGAUGUUCCAGCAGUUGGCUGGUAUAAACACAGUCAUGUAUUACAGUGCAACAAUUAUUCGCAUGUCAGGGGUCAGAGACAACUCCACCGUCAUCUGGUUGGCCGCUGUUGUGGGUUUUGUCAAUUUCCUCUUCACAUUUGUCGGUGUCUACUUGGUGGACAAAAUUGGCCGACGAAUUCUUACCUUGGGAAGUCUGUCAGGUGUGACUUUCAGCCAUGUGUUUCUCAGUAUUGGAUUCCUCCUGAUGGCCAUAAAUUCCCCACCUGUCACAGUCCACAACCCUGAGGCCGGGCAGUGCAGCACGUACAGAGACUGUGAUUGGUGCAUCUUGCAGGAGGAAUGCGGCUUUUGUUUUAUCCAGACUAGUGGGGGCGCUGUCCUGAAUGGCUCUUGCCUGCCGAUCAACGAGACCAGCACAGAGUACUCCGAGGUUGGCCGCUGUUCGUGGGCAGCGGAAGUCGAUAGCGAGUUGGAGUGGUCGGCUGAAUACUGCCCAACCAAAUUUGGCAUCAUGGCGCUGGUGGGGCUCAUCGUCUACCUCAUGUUCUUCGCACCAGGAAUGGGCCCCAUGCCGUGGACUAUCAACUCAGAGAUUUACCCCCAGUGGGCUCGUAGCACAGGCAAUGCACUCUCUUCUACCACCAACUGGCUAUUCAACUUACUGAUAUCCAUGACCUUCCUAAGCCUGGCCGAGACCAUUACCAGACAAGGGACAUUUUUCAUGUACGCUGGUAUCUCGCUGGUUGGUGUCCUGUUCCUGUACUGCUUGUUACCGGAAACCAAAGGUCGGCCAUUGGAGGAGGUCAUUAACCUCUUCAGUAAACCCUGGUCGCCUUGUGGCAGAGGUUCUUCGGAAUUGUACAAACCUCUUCAGGGGUCAGCCUUUCAAGGUGAAAAGGAAGUCAUGGAAUCGUCAGUGGACGGCUACGAGUCUCAUUGGUAACGCAUCUACUGUACACAAUUAUUUAUGAUAAUUCUGCAGUUCUGGACCUCUGACAACACCCCCAAAGUUAUCAAAAAUGAAAAGUUUCGGUUAUGUGUCGUUAAGUUUAUCUUUCACGUUUGGCAUGUUUGCCCCUUGAUGGAUGAAGUUUUGUUGACCAUAUUUUUACUUGGCUCCUACUCUUCUCUUUGGCAGUGUUUGUUUCACAUGGACCUGGAUUAUGAUUUCAGCGAUCCAUCCUUGGUUUAUGGACACCAAAACCCGCAUAGUGGAUGGUGCUAACCAGCGUUGGGAUCACUGAUUGAGAUCCACAUCCAUGUGAAACAAACAGGUCCUGAAUGUUAUCACUUGAGUACACUGUACUCACCUCAUAGUCACUCUUGGGUUAACCCUAACAGUCCUCAGUCCUCCAACAGGUGAAGGAUUGAGGACUGCUAGGGUUAAUGCAGUGCAGAGAUGUUGACAGAAAGAGUGCCAACAUGAGUGUCUGAAUUGUUGGAACCAACAUGGUGGAUUAUGCGUCAGUGCACGUGGACAAUUAGCCAUUUGCGAGUUAAAUUUUGAAUAAAA